AUGUUGCAGAUUCUGAAGGAGAGGAAGCUUUAUGCAAAGCUUUCCGAGUGUGACUUCUUGAAGGAAGAGGUAAAAUUUUUGGGACAUGUGGUGAGCAAAAAUGAAAUAGAUGUGGUUCUUGCUAAGGUUGAGGCGGUGAAAGAAUGGGAACAACCUACAUCUGUGAUAGAAGUGCAAAGUUUCUUGGAAUUAGUUGGUUACUACAGAAAAUUCAUUAAUGAUUUUUCACAUAUUACAUUAACGAUGACCAGGUUAACUCGCAAGGAUGCACCUUUUGUGUGGAUGCUCGAAUGUGAGGAAAGUUUCAAAACUCUGAAGGAUAUGAUAACUACAGCACUUGUACUUGUGUUGCCUGAAUCCUAUGAGCCAUUUAUGCCAUCCGAGACAUUGCAACCUUUGGAGAUUCCCCAGUUGAAGUGGGAAGGUAUUGCCAUAGAUUUCAUGUCAAAUUUGCCGAGGACUAAAGUAGAUUUUGAUGUGGUAUGGGUAAUUGCUGACAGAUUAACAAAGUCUGCUCAUUUCUUGCGUAUCCAUAUGACUUAUACUUUGGAGGAGUUGGCGAUGUUAUACAUUAAGAAGAUUGUGAGAUUGUAUAGUGUGCCUAUGACUAUGGUGUCAAAUAGAGAUCCUCGUUUCACUUCAGAAUUUUGGAGAGCUUUUUAG